AGACGUACACCUCCUCGAUAGCACAGUCACAAUCACAGCCACAGUGAAAUCGUAAUCCAAGAUGUUCCGCACAAUUGCCGUUGUCCUCGCCGUGGCCCUGCCACUGAUUCAGGCCUCCUCUAUCGAUAUUUCUCAGAGAAGCAAAUACCAUUUGGAAUUCACCAGCAAAGAUGCCGUGCAACAGAGUAAAUCGUUGAAUCCUUUACUUGGAGAACGCGCGAGUGAAUUCAUUGGCGACCUCUCUAUAGGUUCACACCGCUCAGACGAACAACUUUUUUACCGGGAACUCGAAUUGAAUAAUCCCAAUUCUGCAGUUGGUUCCUUGGAAUUGAAAUUGUCUGUUAAGAACGGAAUCCUCCACUAUGUCGGUGUUGCAAAUAAUCCUGGCAGCCAAGCAGUUGUCUGCGACAAAUCAAAUAUUUUAGGGUCAAGCGAAGGUAUCAUUAACAUUCGUCUUCAAGGAAAUAGCAAAGCUAAUCUAUUUUUAGUCAUUGCUGCUCAUUAAACGAAUUUCAAAUUAAAUCGUAUCAAUUUUAAAAAAUUUUCGAUACGAUCUUUCUUAUACGAUAAAUUUUAAAAUAUAUAUUUUAUGUAAAUAAUCAUGAAUAUGUUAAAUUUAAUCUUUGUAACGUUAUAAAAUGUUAUUCAAAUAAAAAAUUGUCUGAUAAUUGAA